GGAACACCUCUUCAUUUUGGUUUCAAAUUCUCAAAUAAUAGAACUGAAUUUUUGCAAUGUUGUCUGAAGUUUCACAAAUGCAAACAAGAAAACCAAUUAGAGUCUGGGUUGAUGGCUGCUUUGACAUGAUGCACUUUGGGCAUGCUAAUGCUCUUAGGCAGGCAAAGGCUAUGGGUGACUUCUUGAUCGUAGGAGUGCACUCCGACGCAGAAAUUGAGAAGAACAAAGGACCUACUGUUAUGAAGGAAGAUGAGAGAUAUGCUGCUGUUGCCGCUUGCAAAUGGGUGGAUCAAGUAGUGCCAAACGCUCCUUAUAAUACGACAGUUGAAAUUUUGAAAGAGUAUAAUGUCGAUUUCUGUGUCCAUGGUGACGAUAUCACCACAAUGGCUGAUGGAACCGAUUGCUAUCAAGCUGUUAAAGACGCUGGACUCUAUCGUGAGUGCAAGCGUACGCAAGGUGUAUCUACAACUGAAUUGGUGGGAAGAAUGCUUCUCAUGACCAGAGAUCACCACCGAAGAAGUCAAUCCGCUGGUGCAUCGUCAUUAGCGAGUCUCAGCUCAGAGGACUUGGGUUCUUUCAGUACUGCUUCUAAUAAGCUUGGCCCCAACACCACGGUCUCGCACUUUUUGCCAACAUCAAGAAAAAUUGUUCAGUUUUCUGAAGGACGUGAGCCCAAGGAGAACGACCGUAUUGUAUAUGUCGAUGGAACCUUUGACUUGUUCCACACCGGUCACAUUGAGUUUUUGAAGCGCGCCAAGGAGCUAGGGGAUUACCUUCUUGUUGGUGUACAUGAUGAUCAGACUGUGAACGCUAUCAAGGGCAUCAACUAUCCACUUAUGAAUUUGCAUGAACGUGUUCUUAGCGUCCUUGCCUGUCGUUAUGUCGAUGAGGUUAUCAUAGGCGCACCGUAUAGCGUUACUAAGGAUGUCCUCGGCAAGGUUUAUAACGUCAGUCUGGUUGCUCAUGGCAAUACCCCUACUGAGCAUGACCUAGAUGGCAAAGACCCAUAUGAGCUUCCUAAACAACUUGGGAUAUACCACGAGCUUGAUAACCCAAAUGCCAGUGUCACGACAGAGGGUAUCAUUAACAGGAUUAUCGAACAUCGCCGAGUCUUUGAGGAAAGACAGCGCCGAAAAAACGCAAAAGCUGCCUUAGAGUAUGAAGAAGAGCAACGACAAAAAGAUGUCAAGUCGCAAUAGCGAGGAGUCAAAUCUACAGCUUAUCACAGUGUCGUAAUUAUUUAAAUGAGUGAGCCUUGCCUUAUAUUCCAAAGCUACAAAUUGAGAUUUCAUGUUUAGGCUUGUACCAUGUUCUCAACAAAUCAAAAGCUAUGCUUUGCACAGCAUUCGGCUGCAUUAUUCUAUAUGAUCUUUCUCCUUUAAUAAACAUAAAAAUGUGUGCAUUUUGGCAUACCCCCAUGACUAUCAG